CGGGCCGGACACGCAGUCAGCCUUGGGGGGGGGUUUGGAGGAAGCGCUCCGGGGAGGGGGAGCCCAGCGGAGCCAGCGUGCGCACCCCGAGACGGCCCGCGAGGACUGUACCCCCAUUUCCAAGGAGACGAAGUGAAGGAAGAGGAGGACGCGCGCCCGGGAUCCCCCCUCCAGACCAGGCCAGCACCCCCGUGAGCGGCGGAGCGCGCCCCCAGCACCCCCGAUCCCAGGGGGCGCCCCCCCCAGCCCGCCGGGGCCGCCCGGAUGUGCACUAAAAUGGAACAGCCCUUCUACCACGACGACUCGUACGCGGCGGCGGCGGCGGGGUACGGCCGGAGCCCGGGGGGGCUCCCCCUCCACGACUACAAACUGCUCAAGCCCAGCCUGGCGCUCAACCUGGUGGCCGAUCCCUACCGGGGGCUCAAGGCGCCCGGGGCGCGGGGUCCCGGGUCCGAGGGGGGCGCCCCGGCGGCGGGGGGCUACUCGUCCUCGUCGUCCUCCUCUUCGUCCUCCUCGGGGGAGCCCGGAGCAUCGCUCAAGCUGGCGUCCAGCGAGCUGGAGCGGCUGAUCGUCCCCAACAGCAACGGGGUGAUCACCACCACGCCCACGCCGCCCGGGCAGUACUUCUACCCUCGGGGGGCAUCUUCGGGGGGCGCCGGCGGCGGCGUGACGGAGGAGCAGGAAGGCUUCGCCGACGGCUUCGUCAAAGCCCUGGACGAUCUGCACAAGAUGAACCACGUGACGCCCCCCAAUGUGUCCCUGGGCGCGGGCGGGGGGCCCCCCCCGGGAGCCCCGUCGGGGGGCGUCUACGCCGGCCCCGAGCCCCCGCCGGUGUACACCAACCUCAGCAGCUACUCGCCCGCGGCCUCCGGGGGCGCGGGGAGCGCGUACCCCACGGCCACCAUCAGCUACCUCCCGCACGCACCCCCGUUCCCGGGGGGCCACCUGGGGCUGGGCCGCGCGGGGGCGGCGGCGGCGGCGGGCGCCACGUUCAAGGAGGAGCCGCAGACGGUGCCCGAGGCCCGCAGCCGCGACGCCACCCCGCCGGUGUCCCCCAUCAACAUGGAAGACCAGGAGCGCAUCAAAGUGGAGCGCAAGCGGCUGCGUAACCGGCUGGCGGCCACCAAGUGCCGGAAGCGGAAGCUGGAGCGCAUCGCCCGGCUGGAGGACAAGGUGAAGACACUCAAGGCGGAGAACGCGGGGCUGUCCAGCACGGCCGGGGUGCUGCGCGAGCAGGUGGCCCAGCUCAAGCAGAAGGUCAUGACCCACGUCAGCAACGGCUGCCAGCUGCUCCUGGGGGUCAAGGGGCACGCCUUCUGAAUGGCAGACCCCCCCCAGGGCCCACCCCCCAUGCAUCCCAGCCCCACUUCUGCACGCUGCGCACCCCCCCUGUGGACUGGACGGACAUGCUCACCAUCACCACCCAGCCUUUGGAUUCUGGGGGACUCGUGGGAAGGGUACUCACCUGACAGAGUCUAAUCGGGGGUGGGUGGGGGGGUGGUCCGCCACCUUGAAGGCUCUGAGGAGUGAUGCGGGACCACCACCUGGCAGACUUUGAGUCAUGGGGACCCCCUGACCUGGCAGACUCUAAGGGGUGGUGGGGGACCCCCACCUUGCAGACUCUAAGCAAAAGAAUCUCUCCCCCUACCUUGCAGACUCUAAGGAGUAGUGAGGGACCCCCACCUUGCAACUCUCUAAGGAGCAGUGGGAAACCCCGCACUUUGCAGACUCUAGGGAGUGCUGGGGGACCCCCACUUUGCAGACUCUUAAGGAGUGGUGGGGGUCUCCACUGUGAAGACUCUAAGGAAGGGGAGGCCCCCCCCACCUUAUAGACUCUAAGGAGUGAUGGGGACUCCUCCCCCACCUUGCAGACUCUCUGAGGAGUGGGGUGGGGGGGACCCCCCUGCUCCCUGCCAAACCACACUGGACUCCGGCCGGCCUGCCCUGCGCCCUGAAACUCCACGUCGACGUUUACAACCGCCCCUUCCUUCCAUCUCCCUCCCCACCCCAUCCCUAUUCCUCCACCUCCUCCUCCUCCUUCUACGUUUUUUUUUUUUUUUGUAUUUUUUUUUCUGCUGGAAACAGACUCAAUUCAUAUUGAAUAUAAUAUAUUUGUGUAUUUAUCGGGGAAAGGGAUGUGGGGGGCAUCGCAGGCGGAGCUGGUCCCGCCGCCCCGGUACUUAAGGCCGCGGGGAACUGGGAGGGGAACCCCCCACCCCACCCCGCCC